CUUACGAAGACGUCAAGUGUCCAUCAAUGAGACGGAGGUGAAAAACUUGAGAUCUCAAAAGCUUCUACCCAGCAAUCAUGUUGAUCCAUUGGUAUCGCCGCAUUGUGAUUCUGAGGUCUUAAGGACAAAUGUGGGCCUGUCAAAUAGUGAAGAGAACAGGAAGCGGAGACGAAAGCCGAAAGAUUUCGGCGCAGACUGGAUUAUACCGGGGAAUCCCAGAAAACGCGUCAAGUCAGACUGUAUCAGAGUCAAUGAUAAUAAUGAUCUGGCAGGAAGACUGGAAGGUGAUGAAAUUGUGGGCCUGUCAAAUAGUGAAGAGAACAGGAAGCGGAGACGAAAGCCGAAAGAUUUCGGCGCAGACUGGAUUAUACCGGGGAAUCCCAGAAAACGCGUCAAGUCAGACUGUAUCAGAGUCAAUGAUAAUAAUGAUCUGGCAGGAAGACUGAAAGGUGAUGAAAUUGUCAGACCUAAUGACAUUAAUGAAGAGACAGCAAGGCAACUCCCCCCCACAGAUGAAAUUAACCGUGGAGGAAAAUCUUUGGGUCGCACCACAGAAGACCUAUUUGACGAGGUCCCUAACCAAGAUUCUAUGCGUUUACCUGAGCCAUUGAAUACGCACAGAAUUACCAAUGGGCUGUCAUCACCGACGCCAUCGGAAGGUUCGUUGCAUUCAGUGUGUCGUCAGCUGCGUAUUGCAACUCCAAGAUCAUCAGUGUUCGAAGGAUGGACUAUUAUUCUUACUGGUGGUGGUGGUGCUAGAAGUAAUAAUAGUUCAACGGCGGAUUCCGUUGAUGUCAGUCUUAUAGAACAAUUGGUACUUGCUUGUGGUGGAGAAAUUGCGGUGGAGAUAACACCGUCUUUUCUCGAUAGACAACGACAGCAAAAUCGGCAUAUAGCCUUAGUUUCAACAGAAUGCUGUCGUACAACAGUAUACUUGCAAGCGCUUGCCACGCUGGGCAGUAUCCCAAUACUCCGCACUGAAUGGCUUCUGGAUGCAUGUCGAGAAGAUGUGAUGACAUCAAGUGAAGAGUGUCGUAAUUGGCCUCUCCACUUAUUGCUCACAUAUCCUGGGCGCUAUGAAUUGCCCAGGGGAUUCAUAUCUGGAUCCUUGGAACCAGUUAGUUGGUCGUCUAUUUCUGUUCGCUAUCGUUCAUCUGCAUACGCAACAACUCCGCCUCCGUCUCCUUCAUUGUUUGCUUUAUGUGAAAAAUGGGCAAGCAGAGAAAUCACUUUUUCCCUAGGUGCAAUAGUUACCAAUGAUGGAGAAGUUUUUGGAUCCACUUGGUUAAAUAUUCUAUCGAUUGCAUGUGGAUUGGUUCAUGAAACAGCAGAAGGUGUUAGUUGUUCGUCGCCUAGUCGAAUUCCAAUAAUCCCUGUAUCUGAGGCAGGCGGACAGCUUUCAAUGAUGUUUCCGAUAACCAGAUGUAAUUAUGGAUGUCAAUAUGUUGAAAAAAAAGUAAAUUUUGUUCUAGUCGACGAAACCGAUGUCACUCUAUCGGAGUUGGCAUACAUGCGAACAUUACCUGUCGUACUCGUCACAUCCGAGUAUUUCAUUCAGUCAUUAAUCCGUGGAUAUUUAGAAAAUCCAAAGUCUUCAUCAUGUUUCUCACCGAAUGCUCAUAGACACGAAGUUUGAAU